AUGACGAGAAAGAAAAUUCAGAUGAAGAGGAUCGACAACACCACAGCACGGCAGGUGACUUUCUCUAAGAGGAAGUGCAUAUUUAAAAAGGCUCUGGAGCUCUCAACUCUCUGCGAGGCUGAAAUAGCGCUCAUUGUCUUCAGGGCUACCGGCAAGCUCUUUGAUUAUGCCAGCCCAAGCCGUAAGCAAGAGAUUGUUUAUGAAACUCUGCCAGCGUUCUGUUCUACGUGUAAAAUACAGGGGCAUAAUGUGAGGACCUGCCGUGCUGGGAAAAAGAAAUCUGAAACUCAAGUUUGGGUUCGGCAACCAAAUCCCAUUAUGGAGGAACCGAAAGAUAUUUCUAAUCCUUCAGUUAACGUCGAGACAGCAGAUGUAGAGACGUUGGUACCAACAGAAAAUUGUGAUACAGGGGACCCGGCUUCAUCGAUUCGAAUUGACGAGAUAGAAGUGGAAAAUGAUAAAGGAGAGGAUCCGUCACCUGAGAACGUUACAGAGAAUGGUUUGCCUUUGGAGUCUUCUGUUAUGGAGGACGCAUCUAUGGGAAUUCCUAUAAGCUCAAGGGGGGCAGAGGUGGCCAAUAACAACUCGGGUGUUGGUGUUGACCUGACUAAUGAAAUCGUCAAAGAGCAGAGGCAAGAUGUACACAUUCAGGAGGAUGUUUUUUACGUGGAAGAAGGUUCAAGGUCUGAUCCGGAACCAGAAUUACAUGUUGAUAUUUUUCCACAGGACAAGGAAUACCAUACGGAAACAGAGGGGGAUGUUGUGAAGAGGAAGUAUACUAAAAGACAGUUUGAGAAAGUUAGAAGUUCCUCUCGGGUUCCCACUCGAGCCACUAAGUUCUCUCUAUGA